GGUGCGUGAAGACAGCAAUAAAUUUAGUCUAUGAGGAUCUUGUGUCGUCUCCGCGCUCGUCCUGAUCAUGGGUUUUCCUCUCUACCUCCUGACAAUGAUUUUUCUCCUCUCUCAGUCCACAGCUCAGUGGUGCUACCAGAACCAGUACUCCUGCGAUGACACAUGCAGAGACCCGAGCCACUGGGCAGCUCAGUUCCCCAGCUGUGGAGGAUUACGCCAGUCACCCAUUAACAUCGUCACCAGCAAAGUGCACAUGAACACGGCCCUGCCGCCCUUCGACUUCAUCGGCCACACCAACAUCAUCAACAUCACCGUGGAAAACAAAGGCCACUCGGCUCACUUUGUUCUGCCUCAGUCCGUCCGACUGACCGGUGGAGCUCUGCCGGGCCACUACAGAGCUGCACAGUUUCACUUCCACUGGGGAGGGAACGGGAGACCGGGGUCAGAGCACACCAUCGACGGAGAGAGGUUCCCCAUGGAGAUGCACAUUGUGCACAUCAAGGAACCAUACGGAUCUCUGGCCGAGGCUGAGCAUGACAUGGCGGGUAUAGCGCUGCUUGCCUUCCUGUUUGAGGAAACAACCGAGGAUCAUCCUCAUUUGGACUCAAUAAUAGCCGCUUUGGGCCGAGUGCAAAACAACGGCAACAUCACCGUGAUCCCGAACAUUCGCCUCAGUGACAUUAUCCCAGCAUCCAAGGACCUUCACAAUUACUACCGCUACGUGGGCUCCAUGACGACUCCGGGAUGUGAGCAGGCCGUCGCCUGGACCGUGUUUCACAAGACUCUGUCGAUCAGUAGUCGACAGCUGGAUGCGAUAGUGAAGCAGUGCCGAUUCUGGACAGGACAGCCCAUGAUUGACAUCUUCAGACCGACACAGCCUCUGGACGGCAGAGUCGUGUACUGCUCCAGGGCGAGUACGUCUCUGACGAGCGUGAGCCACUGGUGGGCUGGUAUUUUCUCAGCUGUACUUGGGACAACAGGUCUGAUUCACUGACUAGGUUCCUAAAAAGCUUCUGAUUUAACUGACAAAAGCUACUCGACAAGUUUGUACUCUCUGGUAAAACCUCGACACGUCUUUGUUGAGGCGCCUCAAUGGGAAACGAGUUAGAAUUAUUUUCUGAAUGACUUCUGACCACAACAGUGCAUCUCACACACACACACCUUCUAUAUUAACGUAGUGCUACACGGGUUAAAAGUAAUGUUUCUCAACCAUCAUCACAUCAAACCAUCAUCACACAUCUCCUGCCUGCUAUAAAAUACCAUAUAUAAAGCUUAUCCAUCCUCUGUGGAUCAGAGGUAACGCAAAAUAAAAUCUGUUAUCCACGAGAGCUCCGUACAGUUAUUAGGUUUUGUUAUUGGUACAUGACUCAUACUAAAUGUUCACUCAUAUUGUGCAAAUUACCAUAGAGGAACAUUAAAAUGGUACUUUCUGACCAUGUUAGCAGCACAGCUCCAGUCAUGGCGACGCUGCGCUGACACCAUUAGGUUCAAAGCUAUGAUUCUGAGUAAAAUAUCUCAUAAAGUUUCACAUGAUUUGGCAUGAAAUUUGUAACAGACAUUCAUAUUGAACUGAAGAACUGUAAAGACUUAGUUGAUCCCUUUAUUUCACUUAAUGCACCAUCAUCAGAUCUAAUGACUUUCUAAUCAGACUCGGAUUUAUUUUGCGUUCAGUGCGAGCCACAGGCGGUUAGCAUGCUAACACGCUACAAUGGUGAACUUUGUUCUUAGCUAAAGGUGCCGUAGGCUAGCUGCUAGCUGCUAGCAUGGACGUUGACUCAUAUCUUCUAAUAGGAACAUCAACUCUGUAGUCGUCAUUUCUUAUGUAGCAAUCAGGUCUCUGUGAGUGAGCACUUAAAGAGUAGGGAUCUUUACCUCAGCAGGCCUUUACGUCAACCCUUUAACGAUGAUGAGGACGAUAUUUUAUAGUCGCACACUAUGGCUUCAUAUUAACUUUAAUCUGCUUUUCUGCAAAACGGACGUGUGAUCAAUAUCAUUGUAGAGUUAGGGGUUUAUAAUCGUGUUUUCUUCCUUCCUUCCUUACGAGCUGAGGGACUGUGCUUUUAAAUGAACUACUAUUCCACUACUUCUUUACUUGUGUAUAUUGCUCUGUUGUUCAGAUGAAUGAAGGAAGUAUCAGGUAAUUAAGGCACUUCCUCCGUGUGCUGUGCGUUUGUUUAUUUGUGUGAAAUACAAAUGAGUCAUACAUGUACAUUAACCUCUGCAGCCCUCUGCCAGUGUAACAGCUUGUUCUCUGUCCCUGAUUCUGAUAUAAAUAUCUGCAAGUGCUUAAAGCGUUGCUUUGUCUACAAUCAGCCUUUAUAAAAUUAAAAUGGGAUAAAUGUGAUGCCAGAUCUAGUU